AUGAUUGAGCUUGGACGAGAUGACUACGAUGUCUUUGCCAACAGAUUCCUAUGGUCUGUUCUCGGAAUAACAACAAUUAUCGUUGGGCUUAGAAUUCUAUGUCGUUUGCGUUUUGGAAUACACCAACGGGCGGGUUUAGGCUUGGACGACUAUAUCACCAUCUUCUGCCUCAUACUCAGUCUAGUGGUUUGCAUACUUGUAACAAUAGCAUCUGGGUAUGGUCUUGGAAAACACGCGAGCGAAUUGAGCGACGACCAGAAGAAACACGCACUGAAAUACAACGCCAUAAUAAAUGCGGUCUUAAUCUGGCAAUUUUCACUACCAAAAUUUGCCAUCAUUGCCAUUCUAAAACGAAUACUCAACUACGGUACAAAGACGGCGGUGUUAUUCUGGACGCUUGGAAUCACUUCGCAGGCAUGUUUCUUCGCAGUUUCGGUUUGGUGGUUUAAACAAUGCGAUCCCGUCGAAUUUGGGUGGGAUAAGAGCAUUAAGGGGGGAACUUGCGCGGAUAUCAGUGUAAUGUCUAACCUGGCUUACUUCACCUCGGCCUAUUCCGCAUUUCUCGAUAUUUUCUUCGCCUUCUAUCCGAUUCCUUUUAUUAUGCGAUUGAACAUGCCGUUACGAAGCCGCCUCGCCGUCGCGGCGGCUUUAAGCCUUAGUUCCCUUGCGUUUGUUGCAUCAGUUAUCAAAUUAUCUGCACUUGGGCAAUCCUUUGCUAUAUCAGAAACAGACCCGACUUAUCCUGUCCCAUACCUCGAUAUCUUAGGCAUGUCCGAGGGAUACAUCUUAAUAAUAUGCUCCUCGCUCCCUGCCCUCGGGCCUCUAUUCCGGGCGGCGAAGGGGAAGUUGACGAGCCGCGAUAUUAGCGCCAGCAAAUCAGGUGCGAAUGCUGGAUUGAGUGAACAAAGCCUACAUAAAAGCUUUGCUGCUUCCAAGGACCAAAGGCUUACGGAUGAGAUUGAGCGUUCCAUUGGAGGAGGAACUUCGUCUAGCGUCGACGACAUACCGCUGGUUACUUCACCCAUGCCAAUAUCUUCCAGCGCAAUGGAUACUAGCAUCCAAAAAACGGUGGAUAUUUCCAUAACUUCAGAGGCAAUAGAACCCGAGUCGCAUACACAACAGCGAGGAAACAAAAUAUUUUAA